AUGGCGGUACCAGACCCAAUCAUCAUAGGCCCCGACAUCCUCGUUGAGGAAGAAAGCCUUCCAGACUAUGAUCCACGCAUUUAUUAUCCAGUCGCGUUAGGCGAGGUCUUGAACACGGUCUACCACGUUAUUGGAAAACUUGGUUAUGGGAGCAGCGGAACCGUAUGGCUCGCCAAGUACAUUGGCGAACCGGAUGCGUACACGUACCCGUUUGUGGCCAUCAAAGUUCUGACUGUUGACGCGUCUAGAAAUGAGGACGUCAGGAUGGCGUGGGAUAUAACUGACGCCAAUCUAUCUAGCCCUGAUCGCGCCUAUGUCCACAAUCUGUAUGAUAGCUUCGAGCUGGCAGGAUCCCAUGGAAAACAUGUCUGCUUGGCAUACUGGCCCCACCGAGAAUCUGUGGAUUUAUUUCAGCGUCGUUUCCGUGAAGAUACCUCCGGCAUGGAGUUCUUUACACUCCCUGUCUUCCCGGCUUUUUACAGGCUAUUUCUCCAAGGCCUACGAUAUCUUCACCACCAUUGUCAUAUCAUUCACACUAGUGCGUUCCUUUUCUAA